UCCGUCUUCCGAGGCAACGCGCGCAGACUUCGGUGUACACGUUGCUAAGCAACAGCGUAGCCGGACUCGGGCAGAGAAAAGCUUGCACCGUUUCUACUCACUGCGUCCAGCAACAGCAAAACAAUGCCGCUCACCGUUUACAGAGGAAAACCGUCGCUGCACGACCACAUAACAGAGCUUCAGCGUAAACUUCAGCUUCUGGAGGGCGAAAGGACGGCGUUUUACCAGCGCUCCCAGGUCACCAUCAAGAAGAACCGAGAGUCCAUCCUCCAGCUGAGGCAGGAGAGCAAGAAGCUGUACAAGCAGCUGGCAGAGGCUAAUGCUGGGGAUGAACGCAUCAUCAAAGUGGCUUUUCAUAACAGGGGAUUGGAAAAAGAUGCCUUCCGCAACAUGACAGAAAAGGAAGCUAUCACGACACUGGACCAAAAGGUGCUGUCCAAAACAAAGCGUCUGAACGCCCUGAAGCACACCACCCAGAACUGCCAGCAGCGCCUCGAAGAGCUGAACACGGAAGAAGAGAGAAGGAAGCACGAGCGCAGCGGUCGAGCAGCAUCCUCCGAUGCUUGGAGUUGUGAGAAAGAGGAAGACGCCAUGAACCUGCGAGCGCUGGGGAACCGUCUGGAGAAAGCUCAGUUCAAGUGCAAGGAGGCUGAAAAAUGCACGUUAAUCCAUCUGAAGCUGAAAAGUCACCUGCAGGACGAGAGUCUGACUUACGGAGACCAGAUCAACAGUUUGGAGGCAGAAAUCCUGAAAUACAGAGAGGAGCUUCACAACCUGCAGAUCCUGUAUAACGAGGCUCAGCUCUCCAAAAAAGCUGCUAAGGCCGAGUUACAGCAGCUGGAGGAACAGCUGUCCAAAGAACAAAAGGAGAGGGAGAGUAACAUAGCGAGGUCAAAGCAGAAAACCGAAGAGCGCAAGAGUCAGUCUGAAAAGGCCGAGAAAAAGGUUCAGAGAACAAUAAUGCAGCCAGACGAAUUGAGCAGCGAGGCCCAGCACAGCACCACCAGGAUGGCAGCUGAAGAGGAGAAGGCCAUCUCCACCUUUGAGGAAGCCUUCAGGAGAAUCAAAGAUGCGACGGGUGUCACAGAUAUCCAGGAGGUCGUGGAGCACUUUAUCUUUCAGACGGAGAAUCAUCAACAUUUAGAGAAGCUAAAGCAGGAGAACGAGGAGGUCCUGUUGCAGCUGAAGGAGCAGAAGGAGCUCCUUGGCAAGCAGUUCGAGGACAUUAAAUACUCUGGGGAGGCUAAACUGUCCAGUGAGCAACAGAUGCUGGAGGAGUGCGAGCAUCAGCUGCAGCUUCAGCAGCUGAGGUGCGUCGCGGCCGCGGAGCGCCUGGGCUGGCAGGUCAAGACCCUCGGCACCGUCAGAGCGGGAGUGGAGCACCUGGCGGGGAAACUCCAGCACAUCCUGCUCACGGAGGACAGCGCCGGCACGGUCCGACCGGGCUCAGACGAGUUUGUGCUGGAGAUUCUGAGCCAGUGUGAGCUGAAGUUACAGAUGUUACUGAAGGAACUUGAAGGGAAGGACCUGGCUUCUAUCGCGAAGGAGAUCGAGGAGUAUGAGUUCUACACCAGGAUUGAAGGGAAGCUUCCCAACUACAACACCAAGGUCAAACUCCCAGAGGACCAAACAGAGGACCUCGGCAGGGACGAGGGUGAGACCAAAGAGGAGGAGACUGACAUCAUGUCACGAGAGGCCCUGAAGCGUCAGUCUCAGCUGAUCGUUGACUCCAACUCCACCAAGAAGGCUUGGAAAAGCAAGAUCUGACCCAAAGUAACUGUCUAGAGACAGGAGCAGAUUUUAGAGUGGAGGACAAUAAAGACUUAAGACAUAA